GGUAGUUAUCUAUCUGCGACUCGUAGCUUUAUUUGCCCUCUCCGCUCCAUAUUUAUGAGUUUUAUCUCAUUAUUUUCUGGCUUGCGCCUUUAGGACUUCCAUAAUAUGGUCUCUGGGUAUAGAACUGCAAACUGGAGGAGAGGUGGUUGAAUCUCUCUCUCUCUAGACAAAGGGUAGAUUGAUGGGGAUCUGUCUUUCUUCUGAACCGUUGGAGAAACAAGAGAGUGACGAGAACAUUGUGUGUGUAGUGGAAGAGGACGAAUUUGGUUAUGGCGAGGGGGAAGUGAGGAUGCUCGCUUCCCUAUAUUCUCGGCAAGGGAAGAAGGGUCCAAACCAAGAUGCUGCCAUCCUCUGCACGGGUUAUGGAAUGGAGGAAGGAGUAUUCUGUGGAGUGUUUGAUGGGCAUGGGAGGAACGGUCACAUUGUCAGCAGGCUAGUCAGAGACUACCUUCCUUCCUUGCUUCUCAGACAACGCAACGCCCUUCUGCUCGCCGAGGAAGAGUCUGAUGACUCCAGUGAUGGCACUGAUGCAAGCUCGGUGGAUGCUGAUGAUUCCUCCCUCUCAUCGCCUGAGACGUUUGAUGAGUGGAAAGCGGUUUUCAUUCAGGCUUUUAGAGUCAUGGACAAGGAACUCAAACUCCAACCUAACUUGGACUUCUCCUUUAGUGGAACAACAGCAGUGUCCAUCAUUAAACAGGGAAAGGAUUUAAUUAUCGCCAACCUUGGAGAUUCAAGGGCGAUCAUGGGAACCAUCUCUGAAGAGGGUCGCCAUGAGGCCAUGCAGCUUACGACCGAUCUGAAGCCCUGUGUUCCUAAAGAAGCCGCGCGAAUAAGGAAGAACAAUGGCCGAAUCUUUGCACUGAAGGAUGAGCCACACACCCAGCGUGUAUGGUUACCAAAUGAUAACUACCCGGGGCUUGCCAUGGCUCGUGCUUUCGGAGACUUCCAGCUGAAGGACUAUGGCGUAAUCUCCAUCCCUCAGGUCUCGUACCGCCGCCUAUCAGAAAGAGACCAAUUCAUAGUUCUAGCAACUGAUGGGGUAUGGGAUGUCCUCAGCAAUGAACGAGUCGUAUCGAUCGUGUGGUCCGCAGAGAGCAAAGAGGACGCAUCAAAAGCAUUGGUAGAAGCAGCGGUUCGUGCAUGGAGAUCCAAGUUUCCUACUUCCAAGGUGGAUGAUUGCUCUGCUGCUUGCCUCUUCCUGCAAGAUAGGUGGCAGGGCCUAAUGAUUCCAAGGGUCAAGAAGGCUUCGAACUUCUGCGCUUUUGGUGCCUAGAAUGGCUCAUCAAAUGCAUAUGGUGUACAAGGAAACAAACAACAGAUGCAUAGUAGUAUGAGGUUGAAAAAUGCUUCAUCUCCCACAAAACCUCCCCAAAACUUGUUCGAUUCAUAGUUUCUUUAAUGCCAGUAAAUCUCACUUGGAAAUUAUAGCCAUCCAAUCUUUAAUAGAAUGCCUGCUAUCAUAGUGUGA